UUUGAACCGGCUCGUCCGCGAACGACACAUCACGACAGUAUACGACUUCCUGUUUGGGUUACAACCGGAUACAAACCGAGGAGUCUCCAAGAAGUCUUCUUGUGUCUCCGUUCAGCAGGACUCUGUCCACACUUUAUCGGUGGAAAGAUGUCGGAAACAGGGAACCGGCUGCGGAAGCUGCUCGAGUCGCCCAAUUUCGACCCGCAAAAUUACGUCAAGCAGCUGUCACAGCAGUCCGAUGGCGACAGAGAUCUGCAGGAGCACCGUCAGAAAAUCCAAAACCUGGCCGACGAGACGGCUCAAAACCUGAAGAAAAACGUCUACAAGAACUACAGACAGUUCAUAGAGACGGCCAAAGAGAUCUCAUACCUGGAGAGCGAGAUGUACCAGCUGAGUCACAUCCUGACCGAGCAGAAGAGCAUCAUGGAGAGCAUCACCCAGGCCUUGUUGUCCACAGAUAAAGAUGAGACCUCCAAAGAGAUGCAGGCUGCUUUCCCUAAAGAAACAGAGGAGGUGAAGCAGAGGACGCUCACCUCACUGCUGGAGAAAGUGGAAGGGGGUAAGAACAUCAUGGACACCCCAGGGAGACACCUAGUCUACAAUGGUGAUCUCGUAGAGUUUGAUGUUGACAACAUGUCCCCGAUCCAGAGGGUGCACGCCUUCCUGAUGAAUGACUGUCUGCUGAUCGCCACCUGGCUGCCAAACCGCAGAGGAACCGUGAAGUACAAAUACAACGCCCUGUACGACCUGGAGAGCUUCGCCGUGGUCAACGUUAAAGACAACCCACCCAUGAAAGACAUGUUCAAGAUCCUCAUGUUCCCAGACAGUCGCAUCUUCCAGGCGGAGAACAGCAAAAUCAAGAAGGAGUGGCUGGAGAUCCUGGACGAAACCAAGAAGAACAAAGUCACCAAGGACAAGCACAAGAAAGAGGAGGAGGUCCCAACGUCUCCUGUAAGAGUCGAGGUGUCCACCAAUCCUUUCGACAUGGAUGACGAUGAGCCAGCCGGUGCUGAAGAAAGCGUGAACCUCAGCCUUGAGUGGAUCCAGGAGCUGCCAGAAGAUCUGGACGUCUGCAUCGCCCAGAGAGACUUUGAGGGCGCCGUGGACCUGCUGGACAAGCUCAACGAGUAUCUGAAAGACCAGCCGGUCACGCAGAGGGUCAAAGAGCUGAGGCUGAAGGUGGACGAGCGUGUGCGGCAGCUGACGGAGGUUCUGGUGUUUGAGUUGUCUCCGGAUCGGUCACUUCGUGGUGGACCUAAAGCCACCCGUCGGGCCGUGUCCCAGCUGAUCAGACUAGGUCAGUCCACCAAAGCCUGCGAGCUGUUCCUGAAGAACCGCGCCGCUGCGGUCCAGACGGCCAUACGGCAGCUUCGCAUCGAAGGAGCCACGCUGCUCUACAUCCACAAACUCUGCAACAUCUUCUUCACCAGCUUGCUGGAGACGGCCAAAGAGUUUGAGAUGGACUUUGCAGGGAACACAGGCUGCUACUCGGCCUUCGUGGUCUGGUCCAGAUCAGCCAUGAGGAUGUUUGUGGACGCAUUCAGCAAGCAGGUGUUUGACAGUAAGGAGAGCCUGUCGACAGCAGCAGAGUGUGUUAAAGUGGCGAAGGAGCAUUGUCAGCAGCUGACUGAGAUCGGCCUCGACCUGACCUUCACCCUGCAGUCUCUGCUGGUCAAAGACAUCAAGGCUGGCCUGCUGAGCUACAAAGACAUUAUCAUGGAAGCCACCAAGCACCGAAACUCUGAAGAGAUGUGGAGGAGGAUGAAUCUCAUGACCCCCGAGGCUCUGGCUAAACUCAAGGAUGAGAUGCGCAGCUGUGGCAUGGGCAGCUUCGAGCAGUACACUGGCGACGACUGCUGGGUGAACCUGAGCUACACUAUCGUGGCCUUCACAAAGCAGAUGAUGAACUUCUUGGAGGAAGGCCUGAAGCUCUACUUCCCCGAGCUGCACAUGGUGCUGCUGGAGAGCCUGAGGGAGAUCAUCCUGGUGGCCGUGCAGCACGUGGACUACAGCCUCCGCUGCGAGCAGGACCCCGAGAAGAAGACCUUCAUCAUGCAGAACGCCACCUUCCUCCACGACACUGUGCUGCCGGUGGUGGAGCGGAGGUUCGAGGAGGGCGUGGGCAAGCCGGCCAAACAGCUGCAGGACCUGAGGAAGAGCACCAGGCCUGUUCGAGUCAAUCCAGAGAGUACCACCUCUUUGGUCUGAGACUGAUGGGAACUGAGACUGCAAAAUUAAAUGUUUUUUUUACUGACUGCUCUGCAUAUUUCAACUCCCAUUUUAGAAAUAACCACUUGAUAUUGGUUGUUUUGAGAUUGCAGGACAGGAAAUGCAUGGACACAUGGAGCUACUUUGCACCUGAAUUUGUACCAACCCACACAAGAAUGAUCUGAUGUUAGUACUGCUUUCAAAAAUCUUUGUUUGUUAAUUUGUUAAUUUUCUGACCAGAUUGGUAAUUUCAUGAACAAUUGUACGCACAUUUUCUCUGAAAUUUCAUUAUACAACCUAUUACAGAUAUUGGCAAAAGUCUGAUUUUAAUGUGUGUGGUCUAAUGUUUAUGUUGUUUAAAGGUUUUAGGGAAAUAUAAUAUGAUGUUUGAUUCAAACUUUUGACUCCACUCAACCAUUGUUAGACACUAAAUAAUCUCUUAGGAAUGACUAAAAGGGAUGACUGAAAAACAAAUGCACAGCUAAAUAUUCACUGUUUGUGAACUUGCGUUUAACAAAAACACAUGAAAUUGAAUAAAGUGGUCACAUAAGUGCA